AGUUUUUGAACUUAUAUAUUGCAAAUAGAUAAGAGGCAAUAGAGCAAGAGUGCAACUGGAUUUAUUUAAAUAUUUGUGUGUUUUGUGUGGUAGACAGAGACAUUUGCACAAACAAAGUGAAGAGCGCUGAUAAGAGUCGGAAUAUAUCGACUAUAUCUCAGAUUUGAUUGAUGGUAAGAACAGUUCAACCAGUAAAAUGGAUCAGCUACCAUCAACGUUUGUUGAAAAUUUCCAUGAUGAGGCUAGUGUUCGAAAGAUGAAAUAUAACUCAUUUGGAAAUACAGGAUUAUUCGUUUCGAAAAUAUCGCUAGGAACUGGGACCUUGAGUAAACUAUACGGAGAUCUAGGUGAAACCGAUGGGGCAAACGCUGUUCGUUUAGCAUUGAAGAAAGGAAUAAACUACAUUGAUACUGCUCCCUUCUAUGGGCAAGGUCGGUCGGAGGAAAUUCUCGGACAUGCUCUGAAAGACGUACCCCGGCAGGCAUAUUAUGUUGCUACAAAAGUUGCCCGCUACGAGAUGGAAUACGACAAAAUGUUUGAUUUUAGUGCUAAAAAGACACGCGCAAGUGUCGAGAAAAGUCUCAAAUUGCUAGGAGUGGAUUAUAUUGACGUUGUUCAGAUUCAUGAUGUGGAGUUUGCUGCGGAUUUGAAUGUGAUAUGGAAGGAAACGCUACCGACGCUUGAAGCAUUGAGAGCUGAAGGAAAAUUGAAAUACAUAGGCGUUUCUGCUUAUCCUAUGGAUGUGUUGAAGACCGUCAUCUCCGGUGCACCGGGACGCUUUGACACUGUACUCUGCUACUGUCGCAAUACUCUGAUAGAUGAUUCACUCAAGGAAUAUCUUCCAUUUUUCCAAGCAAAUAAUUUGGCUGUGAUUUGCGCGUCUGGGCAUGGAAUGGGUUUACUCACCAACUCAGGACCACAGACUUGGCAUCCCGCGCAUUACCAAACUAAGCAAGUUUGUCGAGAAGCGGCUGAAUACUGCAAACAGCACGGUGUUGAGCUGGGCAAAUUAGCAAUGUAUCACUUUAUCCAGCUAGACGGACCCUCGACAUUUCUUAGUGGGAUGCAGAGCAAAGCUCUUGUCGAAAUUAAUUUAGCCGCAUUCUUCGACGGAUUGACUGACAACGAACGGACCGUGUUAGCUUAUUUGAAUGAGCGGAUUUUCCCAAAUGUUGCUCAGCGAAACUGGGAAGGAAUUGAAGUGAAGCGAUAUUGGAGUGCCAUGAAUUCUACGAAAAAUUAACACAAUCGCAAAGCUUAAACGGUUUUGAAUUUAUGAUACAUAAUGUUCAUUUUUAUUUGGAUGAAUAAACUCCAUAUUUGUUUAUAAUGGCCUGUUGAACGUAGAUAUGCAG